AUGUAUAUCCCAACUGCCCAAAGCAUUUUGACCGCAGGUCUCGCCAUGACCGGCACCCUCACCAAACCCCGUCCCAUAUCCUCAGGCCACAUCCUCGACUACGCCCUAGAAACCUGUCUCGACAGCGACCGCAACGUGCGCUGCACACCUCCCUUCCUAGUAACCAAAAACACCUGCUACACAUUUGAAUGGAGCACCGAUGGAACGCUGUCCCACACCACUGUUGAAGUACGUGAUGCGGCUAGUGGCGAAAUUGUAUUUUAUCGGGAUACCAAUGGAGAGUGGGAUUGUCAGAUGUCGGAAUUGGUGUAUUUGGAUUUUAAACCCAAGGUGCCGGGGACGGGGAAUGAUACUGUGGAGUGGAGUGUGAGGACUUGUUGA